AUGUCUCAUUUACCGAUGAAACUUCUACGCAGGAAGAUCGAGAAGCGGAACCUUAAAUUGCGACAACGAAACCUAAAGCUCCAGGGUGCCUCAGCUGUGAGCCUGUCGGAAAUUCAAAAUGGAGAUGUGUCUGAAGAAACAGUGGGAGAUGAAAAAGUUAAAAAGUCCAUAAAGCAGUCUGUUAAUGUGGGCUUGUCAGAAGCCCAAAAUGGAGAUAUAGCUAAACAAACAGUAGGAAGCAGAAAAGUUAAAAAAUCCCUGAAACAACCCAUGAGUGCUGGGUUGUCAGAAGCCCAAAAUGGAGACAUAUCUGAAGAAGCAGGAGUAGGUGGAAAAGUAAAAAAGUCCCGAAAACAGUCUAUGAAUGCAAACUUGUCAGAAGCUAACAAUGGAGACCUAUCUAAGGAAGCCAUGGAAAAUGUCAAAGUUAAAAAAUCAGUGAAAGAGUCUGUAAAUACAGGCAUGUCAGAAGCCCCAAAUGGAGAUGUAUCUAAAGAAACAGGGGAAAAUGUCAAAGUUAAGAAAGCCUCCAAGAAAUCUACCACGUUCACCAGUGGAGAAUCAGCAAUGCAGUGUCCCAAUUCAGAAGCAAAAAAGAAGAAGAAGAAAAAGAGAAAAAUAGUGGAUGAUGCAGGGCCUGAUUCCAAAAAAGCAAAAGCUGAGGACACCGCUGAAGAUGGUGCCCAGGCUCCUGAAGAAACAGAAAACAGUGUGGAGAAGCCAGACGAGGAUGAGGACAGUGAAGUGCCCACCCUGCCCCUGGGAGUGACAGGAGCUUUUGAAGAUACUUCAUUUGAUUCUCUGACUAAUCUUGUCAAUGAGAACACUCUGAAGGCAAUAAAAGAAAUGGGCUUUACAAACAUGACUGAAAUUCAACAUAAAAGUGUCAGACCACUUCUGGAAGGCAGGGAUCUCCUAGCAGCUGCAAAAACAGGCAGUGGCAAAACCCUGGCAUUUCUCAUCCCUGCAGUGGAACUCAUUGUUAAGUUAAAGUUCAUGCCCAGGAAUGGAACAGGAGUCCUUAUUCUCUCACCGACUAGGGAACUGGCCAUGCAGACUUUCGGUGUUCUCAAGGAGCUGAUGACCCACCAUGUUCACACGUAUGGGGUGAUAAUGGGUGGCAGUAACAGGUCUGCUGAAGCGCAGAAGCUUGCCAAUGGGGUCAACAUCGUCGUGGCCACGCCAGGCCGUCUCCUGGACCACAUGCAGAAUACCCCCGGGUUCAUGUAUAAAAACCUCCAGUGUCUGGUUAUUGAUGAGGCUGAUCGUAUCUUGGAUGUUGGGUUUGAAGAGGAAUUAAAGCAAAUCAUUAAACUUCUGCCAACACGCAGACAGACCAUGCUCUUCUCUGCCACACAAACUCGAAAAGUUGAAGACCUGGCGAGGAUUUCUCUGAAAAAGGAGCCUUUGUAUGUUGGUGUUGAUGAUGAUAAAGCUAAUGCAACUGUAGACGGUCUUGAGCAGGGAUAUGUUGUCUGUCCUUCUGAAAAGAGAUUCCUCCUGCUCUUUACAUUCCUUAAGAAGAACCGGAAGAAGAAACUAAUGGUCUUCUUUUCAUCCUGUAAGUCCGUGAAAUACCACUAUGAGUUGCUGAACUACAUCGAUUUGCCUGUCCUGGCUAUUCAUGGAAGGCAGAAACAAAAUAAGCGUACGACCACGUUCUUCCAGUUCUGCAAUGCAGAUUCAGGGAUCUUGUUGUGUACAGACGUUGCAGCUAGAGGGCUGGAUAUUCCUGAAGUGGACUGGAUUGUUCAGUAUGACCCUCCAGAUGACCCCAAGGAAUACAUUCACCGUGUGGGCAGAACAGCCAGAGGCCUGAAUGGAAGAGGGCACGCCUUGCUCAUUUUGCGCCCUGAAGAAUUGGGUUUCCUUCGCUACCUGAAGCAGUCCAAGGUUCCAUUAAGUGAAUUCGAGUUUUCCUGGUCCAAAAUUUCUGACAUUCAGUCUCAGCUUGAAAAACUGAUUGAAAAGAACUACUUCCUUCAUAAGUCAGCCCAGGAAGCAUAUAAGUCGUACAUUCGAGCCUAUGAUUCCCACUCCCUGAAACAGAUCUUCAAUGUUAAUAACUUAAAUUUGCCUCAGGUUGCUCUGUCAUUUGGCUUCAAGGUGCCUCCUUUUGUUGAUUUGAAUGUGAACAGCAAUGACAGCAAAGUUAGAAAGCGAGGCGGUGGCGGUGGAUUUGGCUACCAGAAAGCCAGGAAAGUCGAGAAGUCCAAGAUCUUCAAACACAUAAGCAGGAAGCCAUCUGAUGGCAGGCAGUUCUCUCACUGA